UUUUAUUCUUUUCUAAAAAUGAGAGGCCAAUACGGACUUCUGCUGACGCUCCCACUGCUUUUCAUCCUCCUAGUAGCUGCCUCGGGUAUUGAAGAUGGGCUUCACGUGAAAAGGGUUGAACCGAAUUUCUUGAGCACAAAAAGUACCUCUCAUAUCUUGUCUUUGGAAAACCCACAGGUCGAUUCUUAUAUCGCCAAGUCAGGUGAUUCAAAAACCUACAGUUACCAAGUUCCGGCCAAUACCUCGCACGAGCUCCUCUUGGCCAGUGGACCCAGCGGAGUCACCUGCCGCAUCGGCGCCAGAAGAAACCAAGCCGCCAUCAUUGAGUACAACAAUCACAUUGUUUUGUCUAAAGCGGAAACUCGGCGCUUGACAGUUCCCCCCGUUGACCACGAAAGAACUUACUUUGUGACAUUUUACGCGCAUAAAGAGAACACGAACUUUCACUGCAGAUUUACUCUGCUUCCAGACCUCGAGGCCGACGCGGUUGCCAAUGUAGAAUCUGAAUGCGUCAAGUCCGUUCUAGAUAUAAAGUUGGACGUACAGUACAAUUUCAAUUUAAAAACAGAAUGCAAUGACAUAUAUCGCCUGAUUAUACCGAGCGACCUGCCCGUCUACAUCAGUCUUCAUGUUGAAAUAAAUACGUCAAAAUAUAGCAUCAUGUACAUAAAACGCAACUCAAUCCCAACCUUUUCCAACUACGACAACAUCCUUUAUGGCAAAGGUGGACAGCAAUCGCUGCUUGGAAUUGUCAACAAAAGUGAUGUCUAUUACUUCUCAUUCUAUUCCGAAACUGAACAAAAUAUAACGUGGAGAAUCAACGCCACGUCCCAGAACACGUGUAUCAGCAACUGCUCCGGGGAGUCUCACGGUACUUGUAACAGUGGGCAAUGCAAUUGUACUAGCGACUAUGUUGGCGUUGCGUGCGAACAGAUGAACCGCGAGCUGCUGAUCGGCGAGUACGCUUUCGGAGAAUUGGAUCAGCAAUCUUGGAAUUACUACAGGUUUACUUCUGACGCCAAGUUGGCCAUUAUUCAGUUGAGACAUCUCGAUCGCCAAGACUGCGAUCUCUUCGUUGCAAACGGCCGUAACCCAACUAUCAACGACUUCUCCCUGCGUAACAUCAGUUUCAGCCCUUCUUCGAGCAUAACCAUCGAACAGCCCAUUGGACAAACCUGGCAUAUCGGCGUUCUGGGUAUCAGCAGCUGCAAGUACAAUUUGACCGUUGACACAAAUAACUGUCCCCCUUUUUGUGUUUCUCCACGCGGCACUUGUAACCCUGAAACCUACAUUUGUAAAUGUUCGCCCGGCUACUACGGAGACACCUGCACAAAGCCUGCUGGGAACCUCACUUCAGAGAAUGCACUUGACGCAAUUUUGCCUGCGCACUCGGAUGAGAUCAGCUUCCUCUAUAAGCCGUCAAAUGUGGUAUUCACCACCCUAUUGAAAGAAAACGCCAGCCACCCGUCCCUCGAUGUAUCCAUACAUCUAUACAACAACAAUGGUACUCUCAUAAAUCAGUGGCAAGAGAGAGAAAAUGACAAAGGUUACUCGAUACACGUCAUUAAUGUUUUGAGCAAGCGUUCUGAACUUCCUUUCUUAAUUGUAGUCAAACGAAAUUCCUACGCCGCCGAUACAGAUAUCCCCUUCAAAAUUGUUGCUUGGAGCCCAUCGUUGUAGAAAGACAUCGGUAACGCAGGCGCAAAUAUUUAUGUAUGUCGACAAAAUGUGUUGGUAGAAUCAAUAAAUCAUGUAGUCUCAACUUCGACAUAAACUCACCCAGCCGAGCCCUUUUGUCGUCAGCCGAUUCCGUGGCGGAGGCACGCCA